AUGGGUCUUAUAAGAAUAAGAGGAAUACCAAAAAAAGGGGAAUAUUAAGAAUACUUUGCAAAAAGUCUCACAAUUGAAUUUGCAACUAAUAUCUUUUAUAUGAUUGCUCUAUUUGCCAUAGAUAAUGUUGUAUUUUAAUUACCAAUAGCCCUACACUUUUUGGUUGGAGCUGCUGAAUUGUGGACAUAAUUAAGCUAAGAUGAAGGUUUUACUUUAAGAUUUGCUUACUAUAUAGUAAAAAAUCGAGUUGAGAUUUUAAUUACAAAGUAAAAGAUUGAAAUAUACUUGUUCUUCUAUUCAGUAAUUGGAGUAUUUCUAAGAAAGACUUCCUUAUUUUUAGGCGUUUUUAUAUUCUAAAAUAUAUUGUUGAAAACUAAAUGCAAUUAAAAAAUGAUGAUAGCUCAAUCUAACAUUAAGGAUUGGUAUAGAAGCAAUUUACUUGAAAAUUCCAAAGUUCCACAACCUUUACAGAAAUUAUUCGGAAUCAUCUGGAUUGGAUAUGAAAAAUUAAUUACAAUUUUUUGA